UUUGACAGCAAAAGGUGCAUCUAGAUCACAGAAGGAAGUUUUUGCAAGAAAAUCGGGAAAAUCAGCUAGAAUGGGUGUGAAUAAAGAAGACGAAGACGUCACUCUGCCUGAGGAAUCUAAGUUGAUUUUGACGGGCGAUGAUGUUGUGGAAACUAAACCCGAUGUACACAAGAAACCAAAGCACAAACAGAACCGUCACUGCUGCCCAACCCUGCAGCCCAAGUCAGCUGGUCAUAAGACUGGUGGUCAGAAGCGUACCCGCCGCUAUGAAAACACAUGCUUCCUCCUGAGUCUGGUGGAUGAGAAUGAUUUUGGUGAAGUGACUAUUACUGAUUUUGUGGAGUCAAGCCAGUCUGUUUUUGAGCAGCUUCUAGCUGACCGUGACAGCCUUGAGAUAUGGAAUGACUUUAUGAACCGUCCUGGGGAAGAGCAAGAAAUCUUCCUCCAGAAGGUUGCUCUGAAGGAGAAGUCGAAGGAUGAAACGAGGGAGGUAGAGAAGACUGAUGGCACUUCAACUCAAGAACAUCCCGUGAACAAAGCAGAAGAUCAACGGACAGUCCAUCCGGCCCAUACCCCAGAGGAAAGCUUCAUGAGGAUUAGUACUCGUCUGCGGACCAUGCUGCGAAGGAAGCAUCUUCCUAAGGGCAUGUUGAAGAAUCAUGAGGAUGAUCUGGUGCCGUGGUUCACUGAUGAUCCUGGGGCGGUCUUCAUAUCGCAUAUUAACUGCAGCUUCGAUCGUCUGCUUCUUCAUGCUGUCUGUCAGUACAUGGACUUGCAUUCAACAAGUUACGACUGUGACGGACGACGUCAGACCAAAGUUGAGAAUUGUCAGGACUCUUUUACCCCUCCGCCGUUACUUCUCUCCCAGUAUUUGGACACCCUCGGCAGCUAGCACCACAUUCCUCGAGUACCAUCAGUGCAGAUUCAAAGGGUUCGCCACAGGAACAAAAUUGAAUCUGUUUCUGCGUCCAAGUCGGAAGAUGUGUGUAGACCGUAUUUACAAAGCGUAGCGAAUAUACACGCAUGUCUCCUGUCCGCCAUUUUGUGUGUCAAAAAGUGCACAAAAGGAAUGGACUUCCCCACACAUGUACCAUACCUUUUUGCUCGUUUUGACACCAAAAAUGGUGGACGGGAGAUGCGCGUGUGUAUGUGCACUGCCCAGUGUGAAUAGGGUCUGUUGUGCAGUUUUUAACUUGUGUGGUGUUUGUCCGACUUUUUAAAAAGCUUCCUGCCAGUGUUUUUGGUGAUCAGCCUUUUUUUAGCCGACCUUAAAAAAAAAAGGUUUGUUCAUUGAUCUUUGAAAUGCACGAAUGCUCAGGUCUAACUGAACAAUGGAAAUGUACCUGGGCCCAAUUUCAAAGAUCUGCUAAG